UGUGUCGAGGCCUGGCGCGUGACGUCACGGGCUGCGCGGACGGGUGCGCAGCGCCACGAAAACAAACAAAAUGAAGUCGCAGGAGAGCAAGGCUCUUUGGGUCACUCAGACGGAAAAACCUAUACACUAUACAUAUUUGAAGGAAUUCCGCGUGGAGCAAUGUAGCCUCUUCCUGCAACACAAGUGCACGCAACAUCGGCCAUAUACGUGUUUUCACUGGCACUUCCUCAACCAGCGACGGCGGCGACCCAUACGCAAGCGGGAUGGGACCUUCAACUAUUCCCCGGACGCGUAUUGCAACAAAUUCGACGAAAAUACAGGCAUUUGUCCUGACGGCGACGAGUGCCCUUAUUUACACAGGACAGCAGGGGAUACUGAAAGAAGAUAUCACCUAAGAUAUUACAAGACUGGGAUGUGUGUUCAUGACACUGACACGCGCGGGAUGUGUGUUAAAAAUGGCCCCCACUGUGCUUUUGCUCACGGAGUGGAGGAUGUUAGACCGCCCGUGUAUGACAUCCGAGAACUGCAGGUGUUAGAGAUGAUGGACCAGGAAGGGGUCAACGGCACUGGCCCAAACAACUUAGACAAGGAGAGAAAUAUGGUCAAUGAUGAUCCAAAAUGGCAAGAUACUAGUUAUGUUUUAGCAAAUUAUAAGACGGAACAGUGCAAACGACCGCCAAGAUUAUGUAGACAAGGUUAUGCAUGUCCUCAGUAUCACAAUUCUAGAGAUAGAAGAAGAUCACCUAAGAAGUAUAAAUAUAGAUCAACAGCUUGCCCAAAUGUGAAGCACGGGGAUGAGUGGGGAGAGCCUAGCAACUGUGAGAAUGGGGACGCGUGCCAGUACUGCCACACCCGCACUGAGCAGCAGUUCCACCCUGAGAUUUACAAGUCCACCAAGUGCAACGACAUCCAGCAGAAUGGCUAUUGUCCCCGUGGAGCUUUCUGUGCCUUCGCUCACCUCGACCAGGAGAUGACCCAAGUCAGAGAAACCGCAGCGAGUGAGAACUGCACGGGCACGAGCCUUGCCGACAUUCUCCAGUCUGCGCUGCCAGCUGACAAUGUAAGUCUGCCUCCUGCCUCUUCCUGCAGUGUCAGCAGCUCCACUCCAACCUCUAGUAACUCGGAAUGUAAUAACAAACACAAUCAUGGCUUCCAUAUCUUUCCACAGGGUACAAGUUCAGGUAAUAAUCAAGACUCCGUGUUUGGCAAUGGUCCAAGUCAUUCCCAGACUCCCCUGGCCCCCAUAGGCAGCAAACCCCGUCACUACAGUGGAAACACUUUACUGGGCGGGCAGAAUGACCCCCUAGGCUUGAAUUUAGGCAGUAUUGGCGUGGGCAGUUUAGGAUCUUACCACAAAGCCCCAGGCUCAGAGCGUGAAGACCGGGAAGCCAACUUCAAGAAGCAAUUGGCAGCCAUCGACAGUGACCCCACUUUAGACCCUUUAGAAAAGAAUAAGCGCAAACAAAGCUUAUUCCUGUCAAACAUGGUACCCAGUCACCCCCCUGUGGCCAGUUUACCUGUCACUUUACCUGUCACGUUACCAGUCUCCAUGCCUGUCACACCCUCCUCCUCCUUCGUCUCAGACGCCAGCAUCGGGCCAUUUGACUUUGCACAAACCCAACCAUUCGACAUUCAUUCUGCGUCGAGAACAUUGUCCAGUUUUCGCGUUUGGUCUAAACUUCGAAUGUUCCAUGUUCCGAUCUUGGAGAGCUAUGAUUUAAACCUUUUGGCGGAUAUGAUCUGUUUGCUGGUUGGUCUGCAGUCGCAGGGUGACGAUCGCAACAUCCCUACAGGAAUCUAG